CCUAUCGGGUGAGCAACAAACAGUGACAAGAAAAAAUAAAGAUAGAUUAAGCGAAAGAUUUUAUGGACUGGAACUUGAAAGCUGCUUCUUGGGAUUUGGCUGAAUUUGUGGAGGAAGAUGUAAUGGGGAUAGAUGAAAUCAAUGGAUCAAGUAGCUAUAAAGUUCCUAGGAACAAAGUGGAUUUCUCAGUUGAUUUGAAGCUUGGUCAGGUAGGAAAUUCAGGAGAAGAGUCAUUGAAUAAAUGGAGGGAGCCAGCAGUCUUAAAGAUGGAGUCUUCACCUUCAAAGAGGGCACGAGCCACUAAUAAUGGAACUCAUCGGGUUUUCUGCCUUGUUGAUGGGUGCAAUUCAGACCUUAGUAAUUGCAAGGACUACCAUAGGCGCCAUAAGGUGUGUGAGCUCCACUCUAAGACUGCACAGGUUAUGAUUAAUGGCCAGAAGCAACGGUUUUGUCAACAAUGCAGCAGGUUUCACUCACUACAGGAGUUUGAUGAAAGAAAGAGAAGCUGCAGGAAACGUCUUGAUGGACACAACCGGAGGCGAAGGAAGCCUCAGCCAGAUCCCCUCUCAUGUUCCGGGAGCUAUUUUUCCAAGUACCAAGGCACCCAGAUGUCGCCAUUCUCUAGUUUGCAUGUAUAUCCACCCACCACUGUGGUGAAACCUGCUUGGCCUGGAGUUACCAAUUCUGGGACAGAGUCCAGGCAUCUUAACCAGCAGCAACAGUUACACUCGCCUGAGAAUCCAAAUCUUGUUCUUGCAUCCUCUCCAAGCAACUACAGAGGAGGGAAGCAAUUCACAUUCUUGCAAGGUGAGAAUAACACUCUCCAGAAUCAAACACCUUCAGAAACUUCUCUCUGCCAGCCACUUCUCAGGGCUGCGCCUUUCUCGGAAGGCAGUGGGGGCAGCCACAGUAUGUUUUGUGACAGGUUAACAACUCCAGUUCAAGAUUCAGAUCGUGCUCUCUCUCUUCUGUCAUCUCCACAAGUAUCUGGGGUCAGUUUGAGUAACUUGGUGCAGCCUCACUUAUUCACUUCGGUGCAACCCUUAGGUGCAAGCCUACAGAACCAAAUUAUAGAGGCCGUGGAUUCAGCUGGUGUUGGCAGGGAUACUACGGUCCAUUGCCCAGGAAUGUUUCACAUGGGUUCUGGUGAAUCCUCUGGAAGUGAAGCCCCUCAAACUCUUCCCUUUCAUUGGCAGUAAUAAUUUUGAAACCUUUGCUGCUCAAUAAAUUUGGGUUCUUUUGUUGAGCCCUGAUUGCCAAAACUAGUAUGUUGGAAUAUUAAAUUGAAUCUAACUGCUAAUGACAUGAUGUGCUUGGAGACUUGGA